GGUAAAUAGGGGACUUUGGUUGCUGUUUUUUUUCAGAAGUAGAAGGCGGAGGUGCUACUAGGCCCCAACUGUACAAGGAGAUGUUGAUAAUUUAUGGGAGAUUGAGAAAUUGAGAUCAGGAUUAAUGAAAACUCACACAAUUGGUCAUGGGUUUAUCAUGUGCAAAGGGGUUUCUAUAAUUUGUCAGAGCUACUGGACAUAAAUAUGGAUUCUGCCCAGUGACAACGUUUCAGGUUCAUGAAUAUUUUAGGCCUAAGGUUAUGUUGAAGUUGGGUGAUAUACAUAAAAACAAAUUUCAUACAAGAUAAAACAAGGGGAAGCUUUGUCUCUUGUGUCCUGCCUAAAAAGAGGCAGAAGUGAAUUAUCUCGGGCAACUUUUGCACCCGAAUCUCAUACAAUUGAUCCGGUUUGGAGGACAAACAACGGCUUUUAGUGAGGAUCUUAUUUUCAACCAUUAUUGUGGAGUCUUCGGUUAAAGGUUGCUCUCUAGGAGCUGCUAAAGGACUUGCUUUUCUUCAUGGUGCGAAAGCAAAAGUGAUUUAUCGCGAUUGCAAGACUUCUAAUGUGUUGCUAGAUUCGGACUACAACGCAAAGCUAUCAGAUUUCGGGGCUAGCCAAGGAUGGACCGAUCGGUGAUAAGAGCCAUAUCUCGACUAGAGUCAUGGGGACGUACGGAACUGCCCAAUUGGGUAAUAAGAACCAAACCAUGUCUCGACUAGAGUCAUGGGAUUUGAUCUUUUGCUGAUGUGUAUAAGCUCAUGCUACCAUGAACAAGUACGCUUGGGAACUGCCGUUGACUCCAUCAGGUUUGCCUUUUUUUACGUUUUGCCUUUGCGUAUUAGAAUAAGAAUCGCGUAUCACUCUUGGCCAAUGAACAAAUGAGUAUGUUCAGUUAUUGCGAAUGGGUCGGUAUGGUUUAUCGCAUAUCUAAAAUUGUCUAAUGGGUCAGGUAAAAAGUAUAGCUUGAAGGGAACGAGUCAAAGGGUUCAAAUUUGUCCCAAGUUUGUUUCUAAUGUGUACAACCUUCUAAAUCGUUUUUUAAACAUUCAGAUUCUUACUUAUUUACUUACUGUAAUAAUGUUGUUUUUCUAAUUAUAAUUCAAUUGCUAGGAUUUGUUCACUUAUGUUGGUGCACUACAUCUGUCGACUUCGUCUUGGAUCGAGUCUUAGACUUAGAGUGUUAGAUCAGGGCACGUUAUACGAGAAAAUAUGAUAUUGUGUGUGUGUUAGUGAAAGGUUUCGCUCAUAGGGUCAUAACCAAGUAGUUUCGCUUAUAUGGUUUCAAUUAGUUUCGCUUAUAUGUCAGCUAAAGGUUCCGCUCAUUCGGCAUGUACGCUGGAGCGAAACCUCCAGGCCUAUAAAUAAGUGUCAUUUGAGCGAAACCUGACAUACAGACCUUGUAACUCGUACCGAAGUGCUGCCGGUUCGAGAUUUGGAUGUAAAUUGUCAUAAAUCAAUGCAAAGAGGUGUUUAAAGUGAUUUCCUAGCUGUUCCUAAGUCAAAUACUUAUUUUCCGCAUCUGUAUUUGAUCAAAACUCCUCUGAACGACUCGUUCGGGUCGAAACACGAUCCUACAAGUGGUAUCAGAGCUUCAGGAGGAGGAGUUCUGCAGAGAAUAGCGGGAAUUCAUCGAAAUUUCUUUCUUCUACACCUUCUUUCAUCAGUUCAGGAAGUUUUACCGGUUAAAAUUGGAUCAAAAUUUCACGGAUUGUGCAUAAUAGGAUAUAGACAAACCCUGGAAAGUUUGGUGUUGAAAUUCGAACUAAACAUGGGUCAAAAUUACUUCCGAGUAGGUUCCGCUUUUACGGACAUUCCAUAGUUUCGCUCCUGUGAUAGUGCUAGUCUCGCUCAUAGCUACACAUAUUCAGAGGUUCCGCUCCAAAGAACAAUGACUUUCCCUCUUAUGUCAUCAAAUCAGAGGUUCCGCUCCAUGUUUUAAGUACUUUCGCUCCAGUGUCAAAGUAUGGUUUCGCUUAUUGGAAAAUUCUAGUUUCGUUCCAGUGAACAUCAAGUUGUUUCGCUCAUUUGUACCUUGUGGUUUCGCUCUUUGAACAACUUUUGUUUCGCUUUUUUGAACACCACAACAUUCUGGUUUCGCUUUUAAGAACAGUUGGAUUAAUUGUUAAAAUUUGAAAAUGGACGAGGAAUUUUACUACGCAUUUGCUACUCCGGUUACCCCAAUCACUGUUGCACAAACCACAAUGCUCGAAAACGAAACGGGAACAAAGCAAAAACCACCCAAACUAUUGAACAUUGAAGAAUAUAAAGGAUGGGAGGGUCGUUUUGAGAACUGGGUACAAGCUAACUACUUAGAUGCAUGGGAGUGUGUGGAAACCAAGUAUGUGAGACCAUUAAACGAUGAUGAAGAGGAAGUCGCGAUAAAAGACAUGAGUGCCGAUGACAAAAAGAAGUAUAAAAUGAGAAAAUGAUGUUAAGCCUGCUACAACAAGCUGUGAAGGAAGAUAUUAUGGUUCUGCUACAACACAACGAAAGUUCAUAUUCAAUCUGGAAAGCUUUGCGAUCAAAGUUUGUUGGUAGUCAAGAAAUGGUGAAAAAUAAGAAGUCGCUUUUGAAAAAGGAGUUUGAUUUUUUUAGAGUAUUGAAGAAUGAAAGCACAAAACAAAUCAUUGAGAGAUAUUGUAACUUGUUAGUGAACAUGAAGAGAUUAAGCAUCAACAAAGACAAUGAAGAGUUAAUUGAAAAGCUUGCUGAUGCUUUACCGCAUGAGACUUGGGGAACAUAUCUGAUGAUGCUCAGGAAUAAAAAGGGUUUCAGUACGCUAACCUUGAGCAAAUUCAUUGAGAAAUUAGAAGCUCAAGAAAUGGAACAAAGAAAGAUCGUUCGGAUGAAAGAUUUUGAUGGUGAACAGGAUAUUGGGUUGUAUUACAAAGUAGGGGUGAAUGAAAAGUCUACAAAUCUAUCUCCGAAAAUAGAAACUGCUUACAGUACCAAGAAUUCUCCUGGAAGUCCAUCAUCAGGAUCAAACAGCAAAACAAGUUUCACAUCAUUUCCAUCUUUUGAUCCGAACAUUUCAGCAACUAAAAAUGGAAGAAAACUUCAAUGCAAUAUUGUAUUAAAUCUUGAAAGUGAUCAAGAUUAUUCUGAGGAAGUUGCUAAAAGUCAAAUGUCUUUAUUAGGAAUGGUUUUAGAGUCUUAUAGUUGUUUUGUUGCAGGUCGUAUCGGAAAUCCAAUGCUAACAAAGGAAGAUUACGACCAGAUAGAUGCUGAAGAGAUGGAGCUGAUGGACAUAAAGUGGUGUUUGGCUAGUGUAUUACUGAGAGCUGAGAAAUUCAAGCAAAUCACGAGGAGAGAUGAUCUUGGUGAGGCUAAUGUUUCUACUUUAGGUUUUGACAAAUCUAAAGUCACUUGUUUUCGUUGCAGGGAAAAAGGUCACUUCAAGAGGGAGUGCACCAACCGUGAAGCAAGUGGAGCUCAGAAUCCUUUCAACAACAACAGUGAUUACUAUCGAAAAGCCAUCUACCAUCAGGUUGCUCAACAACCAUCUCAACAGCAUCAACAUCAAGCACAAACCGCACAUGGUAGACCCAUAAUUGAAGAUUCUAGAAAGAGAGCCUGCAUGGUUAAUCAGGAAGAAAAGAAGUCGUUCAACUGGGAUAAAUACGUUUUAGUUGAUGGAAAAGCUUGUUUAAUUGAUCAAGAUGAUGAAAAGUUACCCGAGGGUUUUAGCUGGGAAAAUUUCUCUUGGGAUAACUAUAUUCCUGAUCAAGCUACAGCUUACACUGCUUUUGUUGCCAAAGUUGAAGAUGAAAGUGAUGAUGAUACUGAGUAUUAUGCCAGACAAAUGGAAAAGCAUUUGAAGAUGAUGGCAGAAAGUGACAGUGAAGACGAGAAGGCAAAGAAGAAAAAGAAGAAGAUAAAGACACCGGUUAGCAGCGAUGAUGAGACAGUACCAGUAUUGAGAAGAAAGGUGAAAGUAAUUCCAAAGUUCGAGAUUCACGAAGAAGCCAUUGCAAAGAAAAGUCCAAUAACUUGUGAAAAUUGUGAAGCUGAUUUAUCCGACGGCUAA